AGUUAACUAGUUUGCUUUCCUUCACUGUGAGCGAUCAGCAACAAUACCAGCAUGUAAAUGGCAUAGCGGUGUAUUAUUAUUUAUUUCCCGCUCAACCAACGCGUUUCCCAUCCAUGUUUCCUACUGGGCUUUAAGGAAGCUCGGACGUUACACCACAUAACUAGCUAGGUACAGUACUUAUAAGAGUGUUAACUACUCGCCCCUUCUGGAGUUUCAACUGCUUCCUAUAGCAGACAGAUUUCUCUAUCCAUCCAUCUACAUGAGAUAGGGUCCUAUAUUGAACCCAAGAGAAAAAGAAAAAGAAACCAAAAAGGAGAUUCAAAGAAAAGACAAAAUGGGAUCUAUCAGCUCAUCUUGUCUAGAUUCAAUUCCUCCCUUGGGGGAUUUCUUCCCGCCUACACCGCAAGCAUAUGCCUUUCUCUUGAAUACAUUUCAGUAUUUUCCAUUGAUAACACUCACCCAAUGGCUAAUAUCCUACCACCCCGCGGGCAAAACCUCUCUUCAAACCUCGCGUCUAAACCUCCCUGGUCCGCUCGCUUGGUGUCUCAUGGAAAUCGUCGGUCCCCUCAACCUCAUCUACAUCCUCACCACCCUGCCCCCCGCAAUCAAUAUAUCCUCUCUCCCAUUCUGGAAUAAGCUCGUCGCUGCGCUUUAUGUGAUUCAUUAUAUAAAUCGCGCUAUUAUUAACCCGUUCUUCGCGGCACCGAGCAUGUCGCCUAUUCAUGCGUUUAUUAUGGUUUCUGCGAUGGCGUUUAAUUGGUUCAAUUCGUCGUGUUUGGCGGGUUGGUUGGUUGGGUAUGAGACGCCUGUGACGGGCGGGUGGAAGGUUGAUGGACGGCCGAAGUUGAGGCGGGAGGGUCCGCAGAAUGCGGUGCAGAGGUAUGCGCCGUUUGUGGGUGUGGGGUUGUUUGUCAUUGGGAUGUUGGGGAAUACUUAUGCGGAGAGGACGUUGUAUAAGUUGAGGAGAGAGGAGGCGGAUCGGCGAGUCGAGGAACGAGAUCGAAAUGAGAAGGAGGAGAAGAAAGACAUUACCUCUUCUACCUCUUCUAUUUCUGAAGAAAAUGAAAAAGAAAGGAAGAAAAACAAAUAUCACAAGGUCUACGUCAUUCCGCCAACUCGAGGAUUAUUUCGCUCGAUCCUCUAUCCGCAUUAUGUCUUCGAGUGGCUUGAAUGGAUCGGUUUCGCUCUCGCGGGUACAGCAGUGUUUCCUUCUCGCAAGCCUGUGAUUCCAACUUCGUAUGCUACGCCGCCCAUCACGCUCGCGCCGUGGCUUCGACCAGCGGCCGCGCUGGCGGAUCGGUUCCAGGUCCCGUUGCCAUUGCCGGCGGUGCUGUUCGUGGUGAAUGCGGUUGCGAAUAUGUUGCCGCAUGCGAGAUGGGGGAGGAAGUGGUAUGUGGAGAAGUUCGGGGAGGAGGGUGUUCAGGGAAGAGGAGCGGUUGUGCCGUGGUUUAAGUGGUUGUGAAAGGAAUGAGGCAUAUCCAGAGAUAAUGGCAGAAGAGCAGGAAUAGGGAGAGAUUUAGAUAGGUAGAUGAAAUAUGG